AUGACCCACCAGUUCAUGUGGUCUAUAACCCAUCAGUUCAUGCGGUCUAUGACCAACCUGUCCAUGUGGUCUAUGACCCACCUGUCCAUGUAUUAUAUGGCCAACCUGUCCAUGUGGUCUAUUACCCACCUGUCCAUGAGGUCUAUGACCCACCUGUCAAUGUGGUCUAUGACCCACCUGUCCAUGUGGUCUAUGACCCACCCUGUCCAUGUGGUCUAUGACCCACCUGUCCAUGUGGUAUAUGGCCCACCUGUCCAUGUGGUAUAUGACCCACCUGUCCGUGUGGUCUAUGACCCACCUGUCCAUAUGGUCUAUGACCCACCUGUCCAUGAGGUCUAUGACCCACCUGUCCAUGUGGUCUUUGACCCACCUGUCCGUGUGGUCUAUGACCCACCUGUCCAUAUGGUCUAUGACCCACCUAUCCGUGUGGUCUAUGACCCACCUGUCCAUAUGGUCUAUGACCCACCUGUCUAUAUGGUCUAUGACCCACCUGUCCAUGUGGUCUAUGACCCACCUGUCCAUAUGGUCUAUGACCCACCUGUCCGUGUGGUCUAUGACCCACCUGUCCAUGUGGUCUAUGACCCACCUGUCUAUGAGGUCUAUGACCCACCUGUCCAUGUGGUCUAUGACCCACCUGUCCAUGUGGUCUAUGACCCACCUGUCCAUGUGUUCUAUGACCCACCUGUCUAUGUGGUCUAUGACCCACCUGUCCAUAUGGUAUUUGACCCACCUGUCCAUGUGGUCUAUGACCCACCUGUCCAUGUGGUCUAUGACCCACCUGUCCAUGUGUUCUAUGACCCACCUGUCUAUGUGGUCUAUGACCCACCUGUCCAUAUGGUAUAUGACCCACCUGUCCAUGUGUUCUAUGACCCACCUGUCCAUGUGGUCUAUGACCCACCUGUCCAUGUGGUCUAUGACCCACCUGUCCAUAUGGUCUAUGACCCACCUGUCCAUGUGGUCUAUGGCCAACCUGUCCAUGUGGUUUAUGACCCACCUGUCCAUGUGGUCUAUGGCCAACCUGUCCAUGUGGUAUAUGACCUGCCCUGUCCAUGGGGUCUAUGGCCCACUUGUCCCUGUACCUAG